AACACCCACCUUCUCUCCCAGAUGAAGGUGACAACACUGGUGGUGUGCUGGGUGGUGGUGGUGGCCGCCAGUCCUCCCCCUACCUCCUGGGAGCUCUUCAAGGUCCAGUAUGGCCGUCAAUAUGUGGACGUGAAGGAGGAAGAAUAUCGUCAGCAGGUGUUCGAGCACAACCAGCAGUACAUCGAGGACUUCAACGAGAGGUUUGAGAGGGGAGAGGUCACCUUCUCCCUUAAGAUGAACCAGUUCGGAGACAAGACACAUGAGGAGUUCAAGGCCAUCAUAAUGGGGCACAAGGCAGAGAGGGGUCGUGGUCCCCCCUUGGCCCCAAGGACCCCCCUACACCAGGAUGAACAUCUGCCUCAAGAGGCCGAGGUGGACUGGCGGAACAAGGGCGCUGUCACCCCCGUCAGCGACCAGGGAGCAUCAGGCGCAAGCUGGUCCUUCUCCGCUACGGGGUCACUGGAGGGACAGCAGUUUGUCAAGGCUGGCACACUAAUGGACCUCUCGGAGCAGCAGCUCGUCGACUGUAUGGAUGAUUAUUUCCCUGGAGUGUUUGAGGCAUUCACCUACGUCAAGGAUAAUGGUGGCAUCGACACGGAGGCUGGUUACCCUGACCAGCCUUCAGUAAGUCAGCGAAACGACGGCACCUGUCACUACACAGAGGAAGCCAUCGGCGCCCAGUGUACAGGCUACGUGCAGAUUGAGGAGUUCAGCGAGAGCGAGCUGCAGAAGGCCGUCAGGGACGUAGGACCUGUGUCCGUCGAGGUUGAUGCUUCACAGAUGUCGUUCCAGUUCUACUCCAGCGGUGUGUACUACGACCCAAAGUGUAUGUCAAGGAGUCCAAACCACGCGAUGCUGACGGUGGGGUACGGGACGACGGGGGACCAGGAUUACUGGAUCGUGAAGAAUUCGUGGGGCGCCGCCUGGGGUGAGCAGGGCUACAUCAACAUGGCUCGUAACCGAGGCAACAACUGCGGUAUCGCCACCUUGGCCUCCUACCCGCUGGUUUAAGAUGCCUUACACAUGUCCCGAGGCCAGACGCACCUGCCAUCAACACCCUACUUGUAUAAAGGCAGUCCAGCAAUAAAAUACUAAAAUUAA